AAAAGGCUGUCAGUGGGUCACCUGAGUAAAAAGUUUGGGAACCACUGACACAGAACAUGAAAGAAUAGAUAUUGGAGAACACAGCUCAUGUCUGGGGACCCAGAUCAAGGUGCUGGUCCUUCUGCUGUAGUGGAAGGAAGUGAUCCCUUGAUAUUUGCUCUUAGACCUAUGGGAGAGCUCCCCAGUAGCAGUGGGGCAGUGUACAGAAAAGAAAAUCCACCUAGGACAACAGAUAGCAGUGGAUUCUUAAAAGCGUUAUGAUCCACCAGUUUCUCAAUAGCGAGCACUAUGCUCAGCCACCUCCUUAAGAUUCAGACAGCAAAAUGCUUUGAUUUGUUCUCUAUAAUCUUUAGAGCCCAGGACUGAUUGGAUACAUGUACACGGAGGUACUUUCUUCCAAUGUGGGCUUCCAAGCUAAGUGUGGCAGGGAGGAAACCUGCCUUCAAGUCAGGGAUCAAGUUGCAAGAGCAAUAUACAACACUACUAACUGUUUAAUGUGCAGACUUCCAUGGCCCAAUCAGCGUUACUCUGACAGCUCAUCAAUGGACUCAGAAGAUAAAGACAGAGAGGAAGAGAGUCUGCAGACAGCUUUCAAAAAGCUAAGAGUAGAUGCAGCAGGAUCUACCACAUCUCUAUCUGUGGAUGAGGGAACAAGUCUGAGAGCACCGAUAAGAACAGCUAUGGAUGGAACCAAACCUCAACCUGUCUGUGCCAAAGAGACUUGGCAUGGUCUGCUGAGGGUGUUCAGAUACCAGUGGAGUGUUGGGAUUUUCUGUAGCUGUAUAGAUAAUCAUCAUUCAGAGCUGAUACUUGACACUGUCUUGCUGUGUGUGAGGAAGCCCUCCAGGGGGUCAUCAAGAACCCAGCGUCGCAGGCGUUCCAAGUCUCCUGUCCUGCAUCCUCCCAAGUUUACCUACUGCAGUAUGAAAGCAUCUUCUGCCCGCAGCCAGUUGAAACACAAAAGUCAGCCAGACACUUCAAAGAGUAAUAUCAGCUCAGACAUUUGUGUUGCAGAAGAACCGUGUACAGGAGACAAGUAUGAUUCCUGCUUUGAUGCCAGUGAUUGCAGAAGAGCCAGAAAUGAACCUUUGGGAGCUUCCACAACUGAACCGCCUUUGGAGAAUUCAAGAGAGAAUUCUGCUGCUGUUUCUUCGUCCUUUGAAACCAAUCUGGAUUCUAGUCAGCCUUCAGAUUUCCAGUCAUUAUCUGUGCUCAGCGAUAGCAAGCAGUGUCCUUGCGAGGACAAGGAAUGCCAGUGCAGACAGUGGCAAGACAUGGAAGUGUACUCUUUUUCUGGCUUACGGAGCGUCCUGUCGGAAUGUGAAAAGGCAGUGCUAGAAGUCCAUUCCCAGUCUAUGCAGAACAAAUCGCCCUCUGGUGUGGCUUCGUCAGGUUCUCCCCGAUCUUGUUCUGAGCAAGCUCGAGCCUUCGUGGACGAUGUGACAAUUGAAGAUCUUUCAGGAUACAUGGAAUAUUACUUAUAUAUUCCCAAGAAAAUGUCCCACAUGGCAGAAAUGAUGUACACUUGACUACAAGGAAUCCAUGGAGAAUCAUGGGCUGGAAAUUCAGUAGUAAUGAGAGGAUGAAGCGCUCCUUCAGACCCAGGGAUGGGAAUUUGGCCAUUCUCAUUGCUGUGUAUUUGAUCAAAUGUUUCUUUGCACCAUACAGUGUAGUUUUUUAAUAAAGUGAAAACAGACAACAGCCUCUGAGCUUAAUGUUUAAAAAGAAUGCAUUAAACUCCAAAGCUCAAACAAUUCAUUGUAGAUCAAAUAAACUUCCUCUGUUCUUUG